AUGACCAGAAGGAGAGAGGAAGGAGGGGAAAGGAAAGCAGAGGCCCUGGCCCUUGUCUGGCUUGAAGGACUGGGGGGCAGUGACAGCUGCGCAGGUGCCGUCCAGAAGCCUCCAUCCCCAGUGGGAGGACCUAGGCUGGGGGACAGAGGGAGAAAAUGGGCUAAUGGGACCUGCAGCUCCAGGGUGACCCUGUUCCUUUGUCUCACAGUCCAGCUGAACCUCCAAGCCUGGCCAAACUCCAUGUGUGAAGGACACGUCUUGACUCUGAGAUGCCGGGGAAUGAGGAACGCAGCCCUGACCCAGGUGGAGUUCUACAAAGAUGGGAAAUUCCUCCACUUCUCUACGGACAACCAGCCCCUGUCUGUGGGGACAGCAACAGUGAAAAACAGUGGCCAGAACACGUGCACUGGGCAGGUGACAUAUGGUCCAUACAUGAGCAAACAAACCUCAGGGACCACCCUGGUUCAGGUCCAAGAGCUCUUCCCGCAUCCUGUGCUGAGCGCCAUCCCCUCUCCUGAGCCCCAUGAGGGGAGCCCGGUGACCCUGAGAUGUCAGAUGAAGCUGCACCCUCAGAGGUCAGCCUUGUGACUCCUGUUCUCCUUCCAUAAGGAGGGCCAUGUCUUGCAGGACAGGGGCCUCCACCCAGAACUCUGCAUCCCAGGAGCCCAGGAGGGAGACUCUGGGCUUUACUGGUGCGAGGUGGCCCCUGAGGGAGGCCGGGUCCAGAAACAGAGCCCCCAGCUGGAGAUCAGGGUGUGGGCUCCUGUGUCCUGACCUCUGCUCACCCUGAGCCCCGGGCCCACCAGCUUCACUGUGGGGAAUGUGGUGGAGCUUCUCUGUGAGGCCCAGAGGGGCUCCUCUCCGAUCCGGUACUCAUUCUACCUCGACGGAGAGAUCCUGGGGAACCGCCUGGCCCCCUAUGGGGGAGCCACCUCCCUCCUCUUCCUGGUGACAUCAGAGCAGGGUGCUGGGAACUACCCCUGUGAGGCCGAGAACAGCGUCUCCAAAGAGUCAAGUGGGCCCGAGACACUCUCCCUGGACGGCACCUUCUCCUCCCAGCUGGCUGCAUUUCCUUUUCCCCUUGUUGCUGAGGUGGGUCCCUCUGCAGAGGGCACUCUGCGGCCCCACAGACAGGAGGUGUUUCUGGAGCUCAGGCUUCCUCUUGCCCAGGACUCCUUGGAGUGCCAGGGGAGAAACAACAGUUGUUUUGCCCGAGUGCUGCCUGAAGAGUUGUGA